UAGCAAUCGUUGAUGUCAUGGAAACUGACAGUAUUACUUCGUCAACAACGAAUUUGCUACUGUGCAUUCACCUGCGCAAAAAGGGUACCGCUUAUAUUAGUUAGACUUAUGACAUAUUAUGGCUUCCAGUAAUCGCCGGUUGAAAACAAGAGAAGAAGCACAUCUGUACUCGAAUCUUUUGCCCGAAGCGGAUGUGUCAGAAUACUUUAUUUCUAAAUUCAACGAGUCACUUAUCAAGAAGCUGCCAGAAUGGGACGCAGCGCGUUCAACGCCGACAAUGAGACUUGUGGAAUUAGAGCGUGACCUGAGGUAUGUGCUGCGACAACAAAGAGAAGGGAAAUCUGUAUCUGAACGGAAGAAGGACGUUUUGGAGAAACAGUGGAAAGAACUGAAUUCAAAAUCAUUGCAGCUGAAGGAGGCUCUUGUCCAUUUUAACACUCUAAUAGAGGCUAUUUGGAAGACACAAAAAUGAAUAAAGUGAAACAUGGCUGGAUAGUGCUCAAAAUUUUCUUCCAUGGAAAAUACAGUUAGGUAUAGAAAAUCACAUUUGAAAAAAGCCUUGAAAUAUGU